AUGUCGUCGUCGUCCUCCUCCAUGAGAGCAGCCCGCUUCUACGGCAACCGGGACAUUCGCGUCGAAGACGUCCCCAUUCCCAAAGCCGGCCCCGGCGAAUGCCUCGUCGAGGUUGAGUGGUGUGGCAUCUGCGGGAGCGAUCUGCACGAGUAUGCUGCCGGCCCCAUAUUGAUGAGCCCGGUCGACCCCAAGACGGGCGAGGCACGGCCCCUGAUCUUCGGGCACGAGUUCUGCGGGACGCUGAAGUCGGUCCCCGAGGGAUCUAAACUGCAAGUCGGCCAGGCCGUCAUGGUCGACCCGCACUGCAUCUGCCGUUCGUGCGCGAGCUGCGCGGCCGGCGACGACCACGUGUGCCCGAAACUGGGGUUCCUGGGCGGGAGCAGCGGGCGCGGGGGCGGACUGUCCGAGUACGUGGCGGUCGAGGAGGUGCACUGCCUCCCGCUGCCGGCCAACGUGAGCCUGGACGACGCGGCGGUGAUCGAGCCUCUGGUGGUGUGCCACCACGCGGCGAAGGCGGCAGGGAUGGACCUGCAGGGCCGCAACGUGCUGAUCCUCGGGGGCGGACCGGUCGGCGCCGCGCUGAUGGCCGUCCUGCGCGCCCAUCGCGUCGGCAUGAUCAUGCUGAGCGAGCCCACGGCCAAGCGCAAGGAGCAGGCCAAGGCCAUCGUCGACCGUGUGAUCGACCCGCGCACGGAGAGUGUCGGCGACGUGUGCCGCGAGUUGACGGGCGGCAAGGGCGUCGACGUCGUCUUCGACUGUGCGGGCGUGCUGCCGGCGUUGGAGGCCGGGUUUGACGCCCUGAAGCGCACGGGGACGUUUGUCAAUAUCGCCGUGUGGGAGAAGCCGAUCCAACUCCCCUUUCUCCAGUUCUUCUUCAAGGAGAUCAAGGUGCUCAGCUCGUGCUGCUACAACGACCAGGAUUUCAAGGAGGUCAUGGAGUUGAUGGCCAAAGGCGCAUUCCCAGGCUACGAGAAAAUGGUAACCAGCCGCAUCUCGCUCGAGGACGCGGGACCCAAGGGCUUCGAGGAGCUGGUUAACCACAAGGACGACCAGAUCAAGAUCCUGAUCUCGCCCAAGAUCCGAUGA